AUGCGAUGUCUGUCUAUAUCACACCAUCCACGAACAGCCUGCGGCUACAGCAGAUUUCUGUCGAUCUUCUAUAUCAGGCAUAAGCUACCGAAAGCAAACUCGAAAUUACAAUUGGAAUCCGGGCGGGGAAGAUAUCAGGUAAUGGAGGAAAGGAUAAUAAGCAGUCCUACUCCUGAACCAAAAGUACUAGAAGAUGUUACGGAGUUGAUGCAGAAUAUACAAUCACGGUUGCCUGUAAAAGCAGCAGUCCGGACGAGCGUGCUCUCCAAGUCAUGGCUACAUGCUUGGUCUACCAUUCCUACCCUCAAAUUUUAUCUUCCCAAAAAUCAAAAAACAAAGCAGUUGAAGUUAGUCUACUUCGAAAACACCCUAAUAAGAUAUCUCCGUGACAACAUUCCGAUCGAAAGGUUUGACCUUAAAAUCCGAGAUCAUAGCCAGCAACAUGCUUCUCUUGUUGAAAACUGGAUCCGUUGUGUAGCAUCUAGAACUUGUCUUAAAGAGCUUUCACUCACAAUCAAUUUUUACUCGUUUAAUUUGCCAGAAGAGAUACUCUCCCGUGAAAACCUAACAAAGAUAAGUCUUUCAGAACUACUUGACAACAUAUUGUCGUCUUGUCGGUUGCUUGUGAAGAUAGAGCUAAAACGUUCUUCCCAGGACCUCAAAACCAUCAAGGUUAAAAGCCUUCCUUGUCUUAACGAAUUAGAAAUAGUUACAGAAGGUAAAGGAGUUCCUAGUGUGGAGAUCAGUAAUGUCCCAAAUAUUCGCUUCUUUAGCUGCAAUCUAAUUGACUUACGGAUGCAUCGUGCUCUAUUCAACCAAGCGCAUUCAAUAUCAUUAGGAAGCAGCGUGACAGAAUUAUGGUUAGGUGGUCCGGGUUUGGUGAGAGACGAUGCAUCUUUGGACAUUAUCAAAUCAGGAUUCCCUUUUCUCGAGAGUUUGACACUUAGUAUGAGAUGCUGGACGUUGCAAAGCUUCCAUUUCACAUGUGCUUCGAUCAAGAGAUUUUCCUUGCAGAAUUUCGGAGACAGGCUUAUCAAUAUACAGGUUAAUGCUCCGAAAUUACUUUCUUUCCGCCUCCAUGGCUACACAAUGCCUAGUCUCUCAUUUCCAGUCUCUAACACUCUCAAGGACAUCACAUUUGAUCUAUGCUUAUCAAGGAAUACAUGUGCUUCUUUUUUUCUUAAGAUGAGGGAAGGACUUGAGUUAUCCUUAUCAAGCAAGUAUCACGUUUAUAUAAAAUCCCAUAUCCCGUUUUUACCAUUUGACAUGGACGUUCUUGAUGAUUUGAAAGCAAGUCUCCAUUUUCCUCCUGCUACGAAUGUGGAAACUCUGAUGUUUGUAACGUCUUUCGAUGAAUGCCUGUGGGAGGAGAACUCCCCAUUUCUUGAUGCUUUCUUUGAGAUUUGCCAUCCCAAGCUUGUAAGUGCUAAACUGCUGCUGAGGGAGGUCUUGGAGAGGAAUACGACUACAACAAUGGCCAAUUGGCGGCAUUACCUGAAGAAUUUCCAAAUAAGAUCAAGACAUUCCUACGCCGUCUUCAAACUUGAAUGGUCUAACUCUUGA